AUGGGGCCCAAGGCCGCCGCAGCCGCGGUGGAGAUAGAUCCUCGGCUGCUCCGGCAGCUCGAAGAGGAGUAUGAAUCGCUGAAGUCCACCUCGGCGGGCGCGCCCGUGGACUUUGCCUCGUGGAUCAAGCGCCGACUCCGCGAGGCGAAGAGCUCGGGGCUCAUUCGCAUCGCAAAGACGACGCCGCCCGCCAAGCCCGCCGCGAAGAAGGCGCCCGCGUCCGCCAAGCCCGGCCCGUCGAUGGGCCACGCGCCCAGGCCCAUCGCCUCGUCCACCCCCGCGCUCGCGCCCGCGAGGUACGACCCGAACAGGUACACCCGCGGCGCGGAUACCCCCGCCGACGCCCCACACGCGGCCGAGGGAGGGGGCACCGUGUUCAAGGCGGCCCCCGCGCCCGCGCCCGCGCGCACCCCCGAGCGGCGCCCCACGCCCGUGACGACGGCGGACCCGCCAACCCCCGCCGACGAGUUUUCGCCGUCAGUGUUUCAACCCCCGUCGUCGGGCGGAUCCGGAUCCGCCGCGGCUCGAUCUCACCGCGGCGGGAGGCCCAUCGCGGUCACGUGGGCGUCCUCCGAUGAAUUAUCCGACGAGAACGUGCAGGGCUUCACGACCAUGCGGGUCGCGUCCAACCAGCCGGGCCCCGCGCUGGAGGAUGUCAAGCGAUCGGCGGCGGCCGCAGCGUCGGCGGCGAGGAGGGCGCAGAGGGACCCGGCGGCGCCGUGGUUCGGCCGAGACGGAGCGAUGGCCCCGAGCGGCUUCUACCUCGGCGGCCGUUACGACCGUCGCGUCCUCGAUCCCGGCCACCACCCGGCCACCGUGCGCGGCGUCGGGGACAAGGUGCGGCGGAUGGCGCGGGCGUCGGCGCUGGCGCAACGCGACAUGUCCAAAAGGACGGAUCGGGAAUCGCUCGAGACGCCCAUCGGCGGGAGCUACUCCCUCCUGCUGGACCUGCAGGCGUCGGAGCAGGAGCGCGUCGCGAAGGAGCGCGAGCUAUCGGCGGUGAGGCGGCGAGAGCGCGCGUUGUUCGCGAAGAACAAGGAGCUCGAGGAGACGCUCAGCGCGCAAGCUUCGAAAGCCGCCGAGGCGGAUGAGAAAAUCGCGAGGGCCAAGCGCGAGGCGCAAAAGGCGCAGGCUGAGCUGGUCCGCGCGAUCGAGCGCCAGCGCGCGGAGGACCGGCGGGUGUUCGAGCGGCGGAGCGGUCGCGUGGGUGACGACCGGAACGUCAGGGGUUCGAGUCCCGUCACGGGCGUCGAGCGAAGGUUUCUCGCCGGCGUGGACGAGGCUCCGCAAACGCUCAAAGAGGCGGCGGCUCGGUUCCUGGGCGACGCGAGAAAGCUCCACGAGGCUGAGCUCAACGCCAGCCUGGACCUGGACCCAUACGAUGCCCACGGGACGUCUCAACGGACGUCUCUGUUGAACGGUAAGCCCCCGAGCGGGCCGAGCUUCUUGGAGCGCAUGAAGGAGAGGCAGCGACGCGCGGCGGCGAGGAGGGCGGAGAAGGCUUUCCGCGAGCGGGUCGAGCGAGAAGCGUUGGGUCACGGACCCGCUCGAAAGCCCGGGUGGGACGAUUCGCCGGACGUGGUGGUCCGGAUCGGGGGCGAACCCGCGCCGGAACGGCCGCGAUCCGCGCCCGGUACCGCUCGACCACCGGGCUCGAGGACGCCGCCGAAGAAGGGGACGUACGGCGGCGGACGGGGCGCGCCGCCGCCGAAGAAGAUGUCCGUCGCGGCGAUGCGCCAGCGCCAGGCGGAUGAGCGCCGCGCGAGGGGGCUGGAGCCCCUCGCCGACCCAAAACCCCGCACCCCGCCGCCCGGGCAGAAGAGGAAGAAGGCUACCGCGCCCCGGCCGCAGUCGGCGCCGCAGUCGGCGAGGAAACUGUUGGACUCGGGGCCAUUGUUGGACCCGGGCUCGCAACCCGCCACCGGCUUGUUCGCGAUGAACCCCGCCGCUCGACUCGGCAACGCGAAUCCGAAGGAUGAGAUCGCCGCCAUGCGAACCAUCCUCGACGAGGUCGUCGCGCACCUCAGGCUGCUCCACGUGGCGACCGGCGGGCGGUCCGGGUCCGCCGCCGCGUCGGUCCGCGCCGCCGCGGAGGCGAUCAGCGCGCUGCCCGAGUCGCCCGACGCCCCCGCGGCGAAAUACUCGAGGACUCUUCGUUCGGGCGGCGGACGGCUUUCGCCCCACUCGUCGGCUGCCAAAUCCCCGUCCGACAAGGGGAAGAAGGGCAAAGUUUCUGGAGCGGCGGCGGCGUCGUCGUCGCCCGGUGUCCCGAGCAGGCGCGAGGUGACGGCGGCGAUGAACGCCGCGCGCCUCUCCGGCAAGCUCGUCCUCGACUCGCUCGACCACUCGAAGGCGCUAGAGAUGCUCCGCGACGUGGAGAACAACGAGACGGCGCUGCGGGCCAAGUGGGGGCUGUUCUCCCCCGAUCACCCGCCGCCGCAGGGCGCGGAGGAGCUCGCGCUGUCGUACGCGGAGAGGCGCGCGCGGGGCAUCCCGGCUGACGCCGCCGUCACCGCCUCGGGCGACCUCAUCCCCCUCGGACAAACAAACGACGGACCCUCGGGUGCCGGAGACGCCGGAGACGUCGGGGUGGAGUCGACGCGAACGGCGGCGGUGGACGCGGACACGGUCGCGAGGGUGUGGGAAGCCAGGAACCAAUACGCGCGGUGGCAGGCGGCGCUCGACGACGGCGUGGCGGACGUCUCCUCCCCAAACGGCGAGGGCUUCAGCCCGUGCGAGGUUCACGAGGAGAUCGCCGAGCGAUUGCUCGACGCGCUCCUCGCCGACGUCGCGAGGGAGCUGGGCGACGCGUGCGACGAGGCGACGCAGAUCGUGUUGCGGCACGAGUUCUCGUCCGCGGCGAACUCGAUCGACGCGUCGUCGGUUGGCGGCGACGACGACGACUCGAACAUCCUCGUCAUCGCCGACGGCGGGACGACUACGCCGCCGAGGAAUGGGCUCGGGGCGUACGAUGGCGCGACGCCGGCGGCGAUGGACGUCACGCUCGGCGCGGCGAUGGCGCGGGUGGGACUGUCGCCGGAGGAGGCGAGCGCGGAGAUCGUGGAGGAGGAGGAUCUGGGCGUGCACUAG